AGGGUGUUUGGGUGGAGGCGUUCACGUGAGACAAUGAAAGUCGGAUGCAUGUUGACUUCACCCACACACACACUCUCCCUUUCUCUCUCCAUCUUCUGCCGCAGACUUCCCUUCCUUUGACAUCGGCACCACCAACAAACAACCGCCGCCAUGGCCCUUAAUCCCCACCAACGAAACAAAGUUGACAUCACCCUGUCUGAAGAGGAGCAGAAGCUCUUUCGACUCUACGGCAAGCUGCCCAACAAGAAGGACCUGCUGCAGAACAAGCUCAAGGAACGCAAGUACUUCGACAGCGGCGACUAUGCCAUGUCCAAGGCCGGCAAAUCCGACGCCGGUCUGGUAGGCGGGCUGGGUCGAGAGCAUCCCUCACCAGAAACCAUCCCGCACCUCGCACAACAGCAGAACAGCUCACAAAACCCCGCCUCUGGCUCCCUCGGCCCCGGCACCCCGGGCCUCUACCCCACCGCCAGCCAAGGGCAGUCCGGCUCGCCUGUCAAAGAACCGAGCAUAUUGCAGCGCGGCAUGAGCAUGGAUGAUCAGGGCAAUGUGGAAGACAUUGGGGCCAAGGCUUCCGAGAAGGCGACACCCACGGAAGAGGUGGGCAUUCCUAUCCGGAAGUCAUAGGGGCGGCGAGUCGGGCCACCGGGAGGGCUGUGCCCAUUGGGGGGCAAUUGUAACGAUAACGACCAAGGCUUACUUGCGGCCUGCUUGUGAUGAUACCGCAUCAGUUACUGGAGACAAGGGCGUUUAUUGAGCUGCCACUGACGCUUUUCGAAUCGCAAUGAUCUCGACUAGCCAUACGGCCCCAACAACAUUUCAAGCC